CUUUCCUUCUCAGCCGCCCAUUUAAAUGCCUUCUUUAAAAUAGCGUGCAAGCAUACAGCAGUCUCAAAUACGGAGGAAUUUGACUUCAUUUCUGCAUCCCGAGAGCUCAAUGUCGUUGACCACAUCUUCCAAGCUCACUUGAAAGUUUUCCUAGAAAUCUCGUUACUGAACAAGCAUUCUUGGACAUUCAUUAUGGCAUUCAUUGCUUCUGCUAUCUCAUUAGAUGCAUCGCCGCCUGGAACGCACUUGUUCCCAAUACGGGCCUUUUUUCAGCAGUUGUACCGCAUCCACUGCCACACGGUGUUCCUCUCUCGGUGUGACCCACGCGCUGCAGAAAAUUACUGCCAAUUGGUGGAAGAUAAACUCGCAGGCAUGCCCAGGUUAGCGGUAGACGAGUACCGAAAAGCUCAUUUAGAGUCUUUCCAGGUGCAGUGGUGCCAAUUCAAGACCACUAAGUCCUGCCUUUCUUGUUUACGAAAGAAACCCGAGCAUGUUCUCAAGUGUGGUCAUUCUCUCUGCGAUACCUGCGUAUGCAUUUUCGGCAGUGUUAUACCCAAAAUGGAAUACCACUAUAAAGUAGCACGUUGCAUUAUCUGCAGCUUGUUAGUAAACCAGAUCAUCAAGUUGAAACCUCCGACGGCAGGAUCCCUGCUUCUAACAUUGGAUGGCGGUGGAAUCCGCGCAAUAAUCUCCCUCGAAGCCUUAAAAGCGCUAGAUCGACAAAGAAGACUGCCAUAUCCUUUAAUAGAGGACAUUGAUUUCGCUUUUGGGACUAGCUCAGGUGGGCUUAUUGUACUCAUGCUCUCUUUGGCGCAACGCUCAAUUGAUAAAUCCGCAUCGAUGUUCUCAACGCUAGCUAAACGAAUCUUUCCAGUUCGUGGAAAAUGCCGGGGAUCUUUGUGUGCCCGUAUAAUUGCCUUUCUCCGAUCGUGGCUUACAGAUAGUCGGUACGGUAGCGUGGAGAUAAAAGCGUGCGUCAAAGAAGCCUUUGGUGCUGAACACAAGAUGUUUAACAGGCCUCGGGUUUCUGGCACCAAAGUUGCGGUUACAACGACUACUGUAGACGAUUCAAGAUUAUGUAUUCUGUCUAAUUACAAUGGUGUUGGUACCCGACGUAAGGAGUGCGGUAAGCCAACGGAGCUCCCCAGAACGCUGAUGCCUGCUGAAAGUUUAGCCCAAGCUACGAGUGCCGCACUGUCCUAUUUCCCAGCCAAGUUCGUGCCAGAAUUAGGUUUUGUGCAGGAUGGAGGUGUAGGGCAACACAACAAUCCUAUAGACCCUGCCGAAUGGGAAUCUAGAAUCAUAUGGGACUGUAGUCCGGACCUAACGAUAUCAAUUGGAACAGGCUUUAUUCAACCGCCAGAAUCGCCAUUCAUUCCACAGACCACUCUAGGGUUAAGGAAUAGAUUUGUAACGCGCCUUAUACGCUUAUUUGAAUCACUACUUAGCGGUCAGAACCACUGGAAUAAGCAUAUCAACAGGCUUGAAGAGGACGUAAGGAGUAAAUACUUUCGCGUGAACAUCCCGCUUGAAUACGAGCCAGAGUUAGAUGACGCCAAGAGACUAGACGGGCUGCAGCAGACAUUGUCGGUACUUUUUCAGACGUUCGAUUUUCAGAGCAUUGUGCGAGCCUUGUUCGCGACUUCAUUCUUUUUCGAGUUGGACAAACCCCCAGAAUACCACACAGGCCGUCUUGAAUGCUCCGGCACCAUUAGGUGUCGCAGUCCGAACCCUGAAGCUCUGCUCCACCGAGUGCUCGAGGAAUUUCCGCAUGCUACGUUUGCGACAAAUACCAGCCUAAAUCUGGGGAACGUUUGUUACCCUGGCAUAUGCUUCAAGUGUUUAUACUACCAGAAGCCUGUGCGCUUCGAUGCAUACCAUGCGAGCGAAGUGAUUUCGAUUUCUCUACGGUUCAACAGACUUUUCGAAACUAGAAUAAGCGGCUUCUCACACCCCGUUUCUUGGUUUAGCCAACAACAAAAGCAACAUCUAGAGUUUGGCCGGCCGGACUACAGUCAACUCAGAGACCAUCGCAUGACAACGCCAUUGUGUACUUGCAAAAAACGUAAAGCGCGUUUUUCACAGAGCCGCAAUAAAAAAAGGCUUUGCCUUGAUAAAUAGAUAGAAUGCCGCCCAGCGCCUCCACCUUGAAAUGAUAUAAGAUUAAGGCACUAGAAAUUUAUAAGUGAGUGAUAAGAUGUCUUCCACUUCGAAUUGGUUGCCUUACGUUUAAUCAGUCAA